GUAGUGAAUUAAACCAACAUGCUGAUAAUCCAGAAGCAAAAAUGAGUUCCAUUGAACUUGAAAAUCAGUGUUUCGUCACCAGUGCUGAGAUUGAAAGUCUUGAAUCUACAGGAAAGAAACCACGCUUGGGAAAACACGGUGUAAAGAAGAAACGACUUCCAGUAAAAAUUAUCAGAGGACAAAGUAGUUCUACAUAUUCCAGCCCAAAUGAUUCUGAUGACUUGACAGAUACAGAUAUUUCAUCUGAUAGUUACAAAAGGGAUGGUCUAAUGUCAAAUCAGUUAGAACAUUUAAUUUAUAAUUCAUCAAGUGAAGAAAGCCAUUUGAAAAAUCGAUUCCUAUUCCCAAAUCCUCAGAACUACAGUAAAAACCAGGGUUUAAAAAUAUUUCAUCAACACUUCUCACUCUUAGUUGGUUUGGGAAACCGAACAAAUAAUUGUUCAAAGCCUCAAGAAAAUAUACAACUAAAAAACAAUAAUGAUUCACUCUGGCUCAGUAUUCAAGCAUGGUACAACGAUGUCAGUUUGUAUGAACAAGAGGAAAUCCUCAAACAAAACAGGGGGAAAAUUCCUGGUAUUCUAAAUGAAAUUAUCAACUUCAAGCUCAAUGGCUGUAAUAAUGAUGAUUCUGCUGUUCUUUCAGAGUCUAAUAUUAAUGACAUUAGCUGUGAUAGUUCUGAUUUCCAAAAUGCAUACUUAAGCAGUAAUUAUGUUUUUACAUUAACUGAAGAAACAAUGAAUUCCCAAAGGUUUGCUCUGAAAAAAGUUAGUGAACUUUUGGAUAAACUUGAUUUCUGUGAGAGACAGUUUCCGACAACAAAAGCCCUUGGUGAAGUCUAUCCAUUGUACAACCAGAAACACUUUAUAUAUCGAGUGAAAUCUCUUUGUUUGUGGUUGAAUAUUACUCAAGAAUUGUCCCAUAAAAUUCGUCUUCUUGGUUGUGUCUUACAACAAAAUGUGCAGAAGCGUAAAGAAUGGCCUUGGUUUGAAAAUCACAGGGAAAUAGAUAAUUUGUUACUUGGAAGGUAUGAGAGUGCAUGGUCACAACUACCAAAUAGUGAAACAGAUUCUUACUUUAAUCAAAAAGAUGAAAAAUCACGUGAAGAUUAUGCUUUUAAUUCUUUUUCGCAAAUGUCCCUUACCUCUGAUUCAGGUAAAUCAACUUUUUCACAGCCAGAAUUCAAAUUUGAUCUAAAUGACAGUGAUCAGUCUUCAUUAAUUACUUCACCUGCUACAAAAUUGUCUGCAUCACGCAGCUCGAAAAUUUCUCGUAGCUCCUCAUACCAGAGUUAUUCUCAUAUAUGUUAUGAAAUAGACACAGGUGGGGAGAGUGGUUCAAAAUCCUCAUUUUAUCACGAUUAUGUUGAUCAUGGUUUGAAGAAAAUGGGGAUGCAUAAAUUACUUAAAAGACUAAGAGAUCUUUUAAGUGGAUCUUUGAGCCGUGCUGAAGAAGCACUAUGUAAACCUCAAGAGAAUACUACAGGCUUCAGUUCUUUAUCAUCUCAUCAGGAUUACUGGAAAUCCACAAUCUCCUGAUUGUGUCAAUAAGGUUGGCAUUUUGACUAAUUUUGCAUGAUAGAUUGGUUCAAACAUAUUGUUUUAUUUAUGACAGUCUUCCAGCCCUGAUUGAUCCAGAGAUCCAAUUCAAAACAACCAUCUAGCUCAAUUAUUUCUCAACUGUGAUCAAGAGCAUCUGUAAAGUUAGUGCAAUACUGGUCUCCAUUGGACUCUGAAGGUGUUUAUUUUUUAAUCAUGGAAAUGAGUCAAUAAGAAAAAUAUAUAGGUCUUUGAAAAACAUUUGGUAUUAAUCUACAUUUACACUUUCCUUCAAAGAAAUAGCCCGUAUAAUUAUUGAAGGAUGCAUAUACCUCAAAAAGAUGACUUUCCAAGACUCAUUUUCAAUAAAGUUUAUUAAAUAGUAGUGGUUGUGGUAAAGAAUUACUGUUUCUUUGUAUUGUAGUUCCCGAUUUGCCCUUGCUGUUUGUUUGACCCCACUUUACAUGCAAUUUUUCAAAAAUAUAUUGCAGCAGUUUCUGCUUCUCAGCCUUCAGGAAAGUGAAAUUUUUACUUCCUUUACCUUCUGACUAAUUGAAGAUUCCAGAACCAUAAUUGUUCAGUACUGAACAACUUUUUUCCUACUAUUCUAGUGUCCACUAUUGUCACAACUUGUUAGCAGCAGUUCUAAUAACCUGGAUUCAUCAAAUUGUUCAUUCAUUACCACUUGUUUUAUAUUAUCCCACAAUUUGUUUGUAUAUCUCAGUUGUUUCAUUUCCAACUCAUCUAGUCGCUUUUGUGAUUUAUUUAUGGUAGGCUUUUCUAACUUACAAAGCAAUACUUUGUUGGAAAUAUUGUGUCUGACACUGUAACUUUUUACGACAAGGCAAAAGAACAUUUAUAAACCACCCUUUGAAAAGUCUCUUGAGUCAGCCAUGCCUUCUUAUUUGAAAACCAAAUCAAGUAAAAUUAAACUUUGUUACCCUUGAAAGCCCUAACUAGCCUUUACUACCCAAAAAGGUUUUUACAUUAGAAGUUUCACCUUCCUUUUUCUGAAAAUCGUCAUAUAAACUUUUGGCUCAUUUAUAAAUUACCAUCAAGUUUGUUGGCACAUUACACUGAUUCUCAUCCUCAAUCCAUACACUCAAAAGUAAAUACAUUUUAAGCAUUAUUAUAUUAGAUCUAUGGAAAAAUAAGGUCUGAAUUGUUAAUGGAAUAGCUUGGCAUAAUUUUCUUUAUUGUGAUAUAUUGUUCCCACCGUUGUAGACAUUGCAAGAGUUAAUGUUUUGGCAAUAUAACUUAGUUUUACCUCUGUAUCAAGUCUUUUUAAAACAUCAAGUUUAAUAUCCACUUAAAUCUCUUUAUGGUUUCUCUUCACACCAUUGCCUUCAGGUCUACUUGAUAGCUUCUUUCCAGACAUCUUAUAUUGAGGGAGAAUCUAAUAGUAGCAGGGAUUAAUUAUCCACAACAAAUAUGUAGUAGAAAAAAUUUUCCGUGGAAAGAUUUGCUUUGUGUGAGUAGAAAAUUAUCUUAACCUAUUGAUGCAAUAAUUGAAAAUGAGAUGAAAAGGUGAAUGCUUGAGGAAGCAAAAUGACUAUACAGUUGUAGUUAGAUGUUCUGCUUCUUGCACGUCUGACUCAACACAUAAGCACAUACAUACUCAUGCAUGCAUGCGCACAUGUGCACACACACACACACACACACACACACACACACACACGUACCGGUGUAGUUGCUGAUAUUUGUUGUUGCCAGUUGGAUUAAAAAGUUGGAUUCAUAGUGGGUAUGAUGGGAUUGCAUUGGUUUAGAUGCUAAGGACAAUGGGUGGGUAUUGUAGGGGUUAUACUGUUCUUGCUAAUUGUAUUGUGGCUGUUUAGUCAAUCUUCAUAGACAAUGGUUGCCAGAUAUCCUUUAUAUAUGGGACAUGUCCCAUAUUUGAUAAUUUUGUUCCCUGUCCUGUACUGACCUUUCAGGGACACAUGUCCCAUAUCUAGUUCAUUUUCAAAUCUUGUAAUAAAAAUAUAUUUUUACUACCUU